CAACAAAACACAACAAUAAUAACAACAACAACAACAACAAUACUACGAAAGCCAAAAACUUGGCUCCAUUCAUAAAGUAAAUACAAACAACGACCAGAAUCAGAAUCGGUUGUUAACCAAGUGCACUAGCCGGAUAUUGGAUAUACACCUAUAUAUCGGAUAUAAACAACAACCACAACACCACCACCAGGAAAAACUUGUCGCCUUCGUCUUCAACACCGCCCCCCAGUUGGUCCGUAAUUGGAGUCGUCUAUGGAUCGGAGUAAUAUAAUUAAGGAAACAGAAUGCCUCCAGUAGUAGCACUAUUGCCGGCCCUUGGAGCAGCAUCUGUUGUCGGCUCCCGCGCCUUCUAAAUGAGAGCCGGACCCGGAGCGCUCAGUAUCUGGAUCAGGGGUGUGAACAGAUAUUGCCGAGCAUGAAGCAACGGACUGAAGCUACGCAGCACUAUCCCUCAAUCAGCAGCCGAUUAGUAUCAAUCACAAGCCGUAUAGCAGGAGCCGGAGCUACAGAGACAUUUGGAAUAGUCAAAGGAACAGGAGCCGGAGCAGGAGUUGGAGCACCUGGUGGCAUAGACAGAUUCGCCAGUCAGAGGAGGAGGAGGUGGUGGUCGUCGGCCACAUAAGACUAAAUCCUUUCCCCCCCCCUUCACCCCCCAUCCCACCCAAACGGCAAAGGAGGAGCACAAGGGGCACGGAACUGCACAAGGAGCAGGAGCUGCCGGAGCUGCCGGAGGAGCGGAGCGGUGAGGAGACGGAGACGGCCCGGGCGUGUGUGUUUGUGGCUCGUGAGCUUGUGUGUGUGCCCAGUGUAUGAGCGUGUGUGUGUUGGCCGUCUCAGUCGAGCUCGAAACAGCAGCAACAUCAACAGUCAAACAUCAAGAGUAUAUCAGGAUCUCCUCCAGAUUCUUAAUCAAUUAAGAAGAUUGUGGAAAGAAAAAUCGUGAGAGAAGGAGAAAGCAACAAUUGAAGCAACACCACAACCACAAUCACAAUCUCCUUUAGAACUCCAACACAAGCCAUCUGAAGCAUCUGAAUCAGCAUCAGCACCACCAGCAUCAUGUCGUCCAGUGAGCCACCGCCCCGUUACGAGCCACCCGUGGAGCCAGUCAAUGGCAUUGUACAGCCACCGGUGGUGCCGCCGGCGGAGCGCCCCGGCCGCAAUACGAAUCAACUGCAAUAUCUGAUCAAGACGGUGAUGAAGGUGAUAUGGAAGCACCACUUCUCGUGGCCCUUCCAACAGCCCGUCGAUGCCAAGAAGCUCAACCUGCCCGACUACCACAAGAUCAUCAAACAGCCCAUGGACAUGGGCACGAUCAAGAAGCGGCUGGAGAACAACUACUACUGGUCCGCCAAGGAGGCCAUACACGACUUCAACACCAUGUUCAACAACUGCUACGUCUACAACAAGCCGGGCGAGGAUGUGGUCGUGAUGGCCCAGACCCUCGAGAAGGUCUUCCUCCAGAAGAUCGAGCUGAUGCCCAAGGAGGAGCUCGAACUGGAGCCGGUGACGGCCAAAGGUGGCAAGAAGAAGCAACGAGCACCGGCCACACCCAAAGCCGCAUCCUCGGGCUCGGGAGCAGUCGCUCCGGGUGCGGGGACGGUCAGUAGUGGCGGCGGCAGUAGCGCGAAUAAAGUAUCUGCCGCCUCAUCUGCGCAACAGUUGCCGGGCAUGGCGACGGGAGCCGGUGCCGGAUCAGCGACACCCGGUGGAGCGGGGUCCGGCGGCGGAGCGACUGCCUCCCGACCCGUAUCUGCCAUGGGCGGCACGGUUUCAUCAACGGCCGGCGGAGCACCGUCCAUACCACCGAUUAGCACAAUGCCACCGCACACGGUGCCGGGCAGCACCAACACCACUACGACGGCGAUGUCCGGAGCAGGAGCCACUGCUCCGGCAGCCGCCCUCAUGGCCAGCCUCCUCAAUCCCGGCCAGGUCGGUGGCUAUCCCGGCCAGACGGCGGUCAACAAUGCAUCGCUACUGGACCCCAACAGUGUAGCUGCGGCGGCGGCAGUGGCAGCAGCAGCAGCGGCGGUGGGAGGCCCACCCGGCUCACUGGGAGCACCAGGCGCCGGCGGUGGAGUCGGUGGAGCUGGGGCGGGCGGAGUGACAAUACCAACGGCUGCCGUGAACGCCGCCAACGCGGUACAGGCCUAUGUGAAUAGUACGGCGGGAGUGGGUGUCGGCGUCGGAGUCGGGGUCGGCGUUGGAGUCGAUGCCGUGAUACCGCAACAGCCCACCAAGGUGAAGAAGGGUGUCAAGCGGAAGGCGGACACCACCACGCCGACGGCCAAUGCCUUCGAGUCACCCUACGCCCAGAUGGACUCCAAAUCGGCCAAAAUAGCGACGCGGCGGGAGUCGAAUCGUCAGGAUCUUACAUUCCAGGGCUCGGGCUAUACCAUGUCGCCGCUGGGCGUUGCCGGUGUACCCGGAAUGGGCGGCAUGGGAGCGGGUGGAGUGCCCGGUGUGGCGAUGGCCAAGUCCAAGGAGAAGCUAUCCGAUGCCCUCAAGUCCUGCAACGAGAUCCUCAAGGAGCUCUUCUCGAAGAAGCACUCCGGCUAUGCCUGGCCCUUCUACAAACCGGUCGACGCCGAGAUGCUCGGCCUCCACGACUACCACGACAUCAUCAAGAAGCCAAUGGAUCUGGGCACGGUGAAGCGGAAAAUGGACAAUCGCGAGUACAAGAGCGCGCCGGAAUUCGCCGCCGACGUGCGAUUAAUAUUCACCAACUGCUACAAGUACAAUCCGCCAGAUCACGAUGUCGUCGCCAUGGGCCGGAAGCUGCAGGACGUUUUCGAGAUGCGCUACGCCAACAUACCCGACGAACCGGUCGCCAAUGCGGCCCACCAUCAUGGCCACGGCCACGGGCAUGGGCAUGGGCACGGUCAUGGACACGGCCACGGGCAUGGAGGCUAUGGCGGCGCAUCCAUCAAGCACGACGCCAGCGAUUCAUCCAGCGAGGACUCGAGCGACACCGAGAACGAGUCCAAUUCGGACGAGGAGCGCAGCGCCAAGCUGAAGAUGCUCGAAUCCAAGCUCCUGGGCCUGCAGGAGGAGAUCCGCAAGCUGUCCGAGGAGGCCUCCGCCAAGAAGAAGGCCAAGAAGAAGCUCAAGGAGAAGAAGAAGUCGAUGGGCCCGGGCUCGGGCUCUGGAUCGGCUGCCUCGCACCAGGGUGUCGGCGGCAUGGGCUCGGGCGUCGGCGGCGGCGCCGGCGGACAUGCGGGCGGUGUCAACAUGCCCGGCGGUGUGGGCUCCCUCGGACCCGGAGGAGCGGCGGGCGCCAAUCUGUCGGCUCUGCUCACCGGAUCCCUGGUGGGCGCUGGCGGAGCUGGCGUUGGCGGCGUACCCGGCGCCGGUGGAGCGGCCCUCCACAGUCAGGCACACGACGUGGCCAUGGCCUUCGGGCAGCUGGCGGGCGGCGGGGCCGCCGGAGGUGCUGGCUUUGGCACUGGAGUCUCGGCGGUGGGCGGAGCGUCGGGCGGCAAGGCCGGCAGCCUGGCCAAUGCCUUGGCGGCGGGUGCAGCGGCGGGCGCCGGCGGCACCCCGGCCGGUGGCGGCAGCAGUAAAGGUGCUAAAAGCAAGGGCCAGCGCGGCGGCAAGGGCGGCGCGGGCGGCAUCGGCGCAGGUGGCGGCGGAGCUGCUGCGGGCGGUGCUGCCGGUGGAGCGGCAGGAGCAGCAGCCGGCGGCGGUGCAAUGGGUGGAGCGGCCGGUGCCGGCGGUGCAGCCGGCGGCAAUGCGUCCAAGCGGGCCAAGGGCAGCGGAUCGGCGGGAGCCGGCGGUGCCAGUGGCGGGGCGAAUGCCGGCAGCGGUGCGAAUGCCGGUGCCCGCGGCAGCAGCAAGAAGAAGCCCAGCCAGGUGAUGAACUUUGACUCCGAGGAGGAGGACACGGCCAAGCCAAUGUCGUACGACGAGAAGCGUCAGCUCUCGCUGGACAUCAACAAGUUGCCAGGUGACAAGUUGGGCCGUGUGGUGCACAUCAUUCAGAACCGGGAGCCAUCGCUGCGUGACUCCAAUCCCGACGAAAUCGAGAUCGACUUUGAGACGCUGAAACCGUCGACGCUGCGCGAGCUAGAAAGCUAUGUGGCGUCGUGUUUGCGCAAAAAAACACGUAAGCCAUAUUACAAAAAGCCUUCCGGCAAGUCCAAGGACGAACAAAUGGCCGAGAAGAAGCAGGAGCUGGAGAAGCGACUCCAGGAUGUCACUGGCCAGUUGGGUGCCAGCAAGAAAACCUCCAAGAAAGAUGAAUCGGCUUCGAACAAGGUGGAGGCAGUGCAGCCGGCAAAUCCCGUAUCGUCGAGUUCCAGUUCCAGCGAUUCAUCGUCGUCGAGUUCGAGUGAUAGCAGUUCGAGUGACUCGAGCGACAGUGAAGCAGGUGACGGCGACGAGAGACCGCCGCGCAAGAAAAAGUCCCGCGACUCCAAUGGCAGCAAUGUCAAUAAUCCGAACCUAGGCGGCGGCCUAGACGGCAUCACCUCGACCCUGCUCAUGAGCCUGGACAAUGUGCUGAAUCCCAAUGCACCCACAUCACAAAUGUCCAUGCUGGGCAAUGCCAAUCCUCUGACGGCGGCUGCCAUGCUCAACAACAAUAACAAGCUGCCGGGCAGCAAUUUCGGUGGGGCGACCAGCGUGCCCAACAUGCUGCACGCUCCCUCGGUGGCCGGCGGUGCUGCAGGCGGUGUGGCGCCCCACAAGAACGGACCCAACGAUCUGGGCAAGGUGCCGUCUUCUGUCGUCGGCGCUGCAGCCGCCGCUGCCGCCUCUCUACCCCCGCACAACUUCCCAGGAGCUGGAGCCGGAGCUGGCGGCGGCGGCAGCGGCGGCGGCGGAGGAGGCAUUCGGAUAGCCAGCAAUCUGCACAAGCAGCCCGGCGAUCUGGGAGACCACCAUGCAGCACUGGCGGCUGCCCUGACAUCCCUGAGCGGCGGCAAUGGGAACAACAAUGGCAGCACCGGCAGUAGCAAUCCGCUGGAUUCGCUCGCCGCCGGCCUGAAACAGAUUCCACAGUUUGAUGAUCCCGUGGAGCAGUCGCUGGCCUCGCUAGAAUUCAGUGCCGGCACCGGCUCCACGGGCAAGUCUUCCGCCGCCGCGCUGACAGAUAGUUUUCUGAUGCAGCAGCAUCCCAUGCAGCAGCAACAGCAGCCGGCAUUCGGAGGCCACCAGCAGCUGCAGCAGCAAGGAACCCAACAGCAGCAGCAUGGCAUGGACUAUGUUACGGAGCUGCUGACCAAGGGGACGGAUGGUGUGGCCGGGAUGAAUGGCAACCACCUGGCAGGCAUCAACUUCAAUAUGGACAUGGCGGCGGCUGCCUACCAGCAGCAACAGCAGCAGCAACAGCAGAAGCAUCCCCAACAGCAGCAGCAGCAGCAGGCGCACAACAACGGAUUCAACGUGGCCGACUUCAGUAUGGCCGGAUUCGAUGGUCUCAGCACGACGGUGGCCUCGGCACUAAUGGACCUGGAGCACACCCUCCAACAGCAGCAGAUGCAGUUGCAGCAGCAACAGACGCUGCAACAGCAGCAGCAGUCUCUCCAGCAGCAGUCGCUUCAGCAGCAGCAGCAGCACAACCAGCAACUGCAGCACCAGCAGCACAGCCAACAGCUGCAGCCACACCAACAGCAGGGCCAGCAUCAGCUCCAGCAGCAGCAGCCCCAGCACAUCCACCAGCUGCAGCAGCAGCAGCAGCAACAGCAGCAGCAAGUGGCCAACAAGAUGCUCAUCAUACCGAAGCCUAUCGAGUCGAUGAUGCCCAGUCCGCCGGACAAGCAGCAGCAGCAGCAACAGCAGAAGGUGCUGCCGCCCCAGCAGUCGCCAUCGGACCUCAAGCUGCAUCCCGGACAGGCGGCUGCAGCGGCGGCAGCAGCAGCUGCGGCGGCGGCCGCCCAGAAGAACCUGAAGAACGCCAGCUCGUGGUCGUCGCUGGCCUCGGCCAGCUCCCCGCAGAACACGUCGAGCAGCUCGAGCAGCGGCAAGACCAAGCCGGCGAUGGACUCAUUCCAGCAGUUCCGCAACAAAGCCAAAGAACGCGACCGCCUCAAGCUGCUGGAGGCGGCUGAGAAGGAGAAGAAGCACCAGAAGGAGGCAGCCGAGAAGGAGCAGCAGCGCAAGCAUCACAAGUCCUCCUCGUCCUCCAGUUCCAACUCCAGCUCCUCGGCCGCCCAGGCAGCUGCCAAUCAGUCGGCGGCCUCCCAGGCAGCAGCCUCCCAGGCGGCAGCAUCCCAGGCAUUGGCAGCAGCAGCGGCGGCAGUAGCGGCGAUUGCCUCUAGCGGAGCGAAUCCCUCCGGCAGCAGCUCCAGCGGCAGUGAUCGGGACAGGGAACGAGAGCGCGAACGGGAACGGGAGCGGGAAAGAGAGCGAGAGCGCGACCGCGAACGCUCCGGCAGCGGCAACGGCAGCAACUCGGCGAAUAGCAACGGGCCCGGCAGCGCAGGAAGUGACGGCGGCGGCGGAAGGUCGGCUAGCGGCGGAGGCAGUGGCCCGAACAGCGCUGGAGGAGCCGGCGGACCAAACAGCGGCGGCAACGCCGGAAACAACAGCAACAGCGGCCCAGCGCUGGCCAAUGUCAGCAGCAACAGCAACAGUGGCGUGGGCAGCGGCGGUGCUGCCAGCAGUAACAGCAACAGCAGCGUGGGCGGCAUCGUGGGCAGUGGCGGCGGCCCAGGCUCCAACAGCCAGGGCAGCAGUGGCGGCGGGGCCCUCGACUACGGUCAGCAGGUGGCCGUCCUGACACAGGCCGCGGCCCAAGCCCAGGCCCAGCAUGUGGCCGCCGCUGUAGCUGCCCAAGCCAUACUGGCUGCCUCGCCUCUGGGCGCCAUGGAAAGCGGAAGGAAAAGCGUUCACGACGCACAGCCACAGAUAUCGCGGGUGGAGGACAUCAAGGCGUCGCCGGGCGGGCAGGGACAUAGCUCGCCGGCGCAGCAAUCGCCGCAGGAUCGGGCGGCCGCCAAGCGCGCCGAGCAGCGGCGGGCCGAGCAGGAGCGGCGCAGGCGCGAGGCAAUGGCUGGCCAAAUCGAUAUGAACAUGCAGAGCGAUCUCAUGGCUGCCUUCGAGGAGACGCUGUAGGCCAAGGCCCUGCGAAGGGUCAGCUCUAAGACGAAGUCGAACUCGUCAUCCUCAUCCUGCACCACUACCACCACUACCACCACCUGCAUCUCCGCCGGAGCCCAAAAGAAGCAGCGCCGUUUCAAGCGGCACCAGCAUCAGCAUCAGCAUCACUGAACCGAAAACCAAGGACAACAGCUGCGAUAGCAAACUGGCUAGGACAACGACGGCAGUUCCAAAAAGGAAUUGUUAAAACAAGCAAGAUACCAAUACCAAUACCAACCAAUCAAUCAAUCAAUCAAUGAUUGGUACCAACCAAGUAACCAUCCAGGAAAUAAACAAAAAAAAAGCUAAUAAGCGAGAGACAAAGAAAAAAAUAAGCAAUGUUCUAAGGCGUAAUUAAAAAAUACGUACAUUUAGUGAGUAUCUAUAUAUAUGCAUGCCAACAUAUACGGAAGAGGAAGAGGAGCAGGAUCAGCAAGGAUGCAAGGACCCAGCAGCAUGAGGAGCAGCCACAGCAGCGGCAACAUUAACAGAAAAAGGCAAAUUUCCUUUGGUUAGCAAUUGAUUCUUCACAUAACAUAUAUAUAUAUAUCUAUAUAUAUAUAUAUGAGUUUUUUUUUUUUUUUUAACACAUAACUUACGAUUAUUAAGAUUACAAUGAUCAUAACGAUAAUGUUUAUAAUUAUGAUUAGCAUGAUGAUGUGAGGACCGUGGAGAUCCCAAUGCUUAUUAAUGUUUAAUAUUAUUGAUUGCCUAGGCAUGUUUAGUUAGUAAGUUUAAAGUCUAAUUGAAAAAGAA